AUGUCUACUUCACUUAAUACAGCUGAGCUUUCUGAAAAAGAUGCCUCUAAUAACAGGUACAGUCUUUCUGAAUCAUACAAUCAAUCACAAGCGCAAAGCACCCAUUCAAAUCAUCCAAGCGAAAAAGAGAGCACGCUAGUCAACGAACCAGUUUUUGAUUCUACUAUAGCCGACGAUGCAAGCAGAGAAAUCGACAGCCGUGAGGCCGAUCAUGGCCUUGAGCCGAUGUCAAACUUGGCUACAUAUGAACAAUAUCAGGAUAAAUCGGAUGAGGGGCCGAAAGAAGAAAAUGUGGAAUAUCCAUCAUUUUGGAAACUUGUUCUCAUUACAAUUGGUCUAAGUCUAUGCGUAUUCUGUGUUUCAUUGGACAAUACCAUCAUUGCCACAGCCAUCCCGAAAAUCACCGAUCAAUUCAACUCUCUCGAUGAUGUAGGGUGGUAUGCCAGCGCAUAUCUGCUGACGACUUGCGCUGUGACAUUGAUGUUUGGCAAGCUAUACUCGUACUUCUCAAUCAAAUGGAUCUACCUUAUAGCGCUCUCUAUCUUUGAAGUUGGCUCCUUGAUUUGCGGAGUCACUCCAAACUCCGUGGGUCUUAUAUGUGGUCGUGCGAUCGCAGGCUUGGGCGCAGCUGGUCUGAUGUCCGGCUCUAUUCUCAUCAUCAGCCAGAGCGUGCCUCUCGAAAAACGGCCCAUAUACACUGGUCUUAUAGGCGCGAUGUUUGGAAUUGCCAGUGUUGCUGGUCCACUUAUGGGAGGAGCUUUCACAGACCACGUUACGUGGAGGUGGUGCUUCUACAUCAAUUUACCUAUUGGGGCAGUCACGUUCUUUUUCAUCUUAUUUUUCUUCAAAAACCCCCAGGUGAUCAAGAAAAAGACUGGGUGGAAGCAACUAACUCAUGAAUUCGAUCUACUCGGAUUCGUCUUUUUCGUGCCUGCCAUCGUCUGCUUGCUACUGGCUUUGCAGUGGGGAGGCACAAAAUACGACUGGAGCAAUGCGCGGAUCAUCGCUCUCUUUGUCGUCUUUGGUAUCCUGAUCAUUAUCUUUUUGGGUGAGCAGUAUUGGGCCCAGGACAGUGCCACUGUGCCUCCACGUUUGAUUAAGAAUCGCAACGUUUGGGGCUCUGCUUGGUACGCAGUCGCCCUUGGAGGGGCUUUCUUCCUUAUGAUCUACUACGUAUGUUGUCCCUUUCAGUUUGGAUUCAUCGAGAACAUGCUCACAUCUUCCCAGUUACCCAUCUGGUUCCAGGCGAUCAAAGGUGUUUCAGCCUUGAAAUCAGGUAUCAUGAAUCUACCAGUGAUCCUUUCCGUUGUGAUAUCCUCCAUUCUCUCCGGUGCUUUGAUCACCGCAUGUGGUUAUUAUACCCCAUUCAUGAUAUUCUCGUCAAUAAUCAUGACCAUUGGCGCCGGUCUCUUAUCAACACUCGAAGUCGACUCCGGCCACCCAAGAUGGAUUGGAUAUCAAGCAAUUCUCGGCAUUGGGCUUGGUCUGGGAAUGCAACAGCCGAUGAUAGUAGUUCAGACAGCACUGAAGGCAGAAGACGUGCCCACCGGGACGGCAAUAAUAUUCUUCUGUCAGACACUUGGUGGAGCCAUUUUCGUCUCUGUUGGCCAGAAUGUGUUUCAAAAUCAGGUCAUCCACAACCUUGCCAUCUAUGCGCCGACUGCCAAUGUCACUCAGCUCUUGUCAGUUGGUGCCACUGCGGUCCGGACUGUUGUUUCUGGUACACUUCUAGAUCAGGUUCUUCUUGCUUACAAUGCUGCUAUAACGCAGACGUUCUAUGUGGCUGUUGCGAUGGGUGCGAUAUCGUUGGUAGGACCCAUCUUCAUCGAGUGGUUAUCUGUCAAAGGCAAGAAGAUAGAGAUGACUCCUGCCUAG